ACGACACGGGCAGUAGCAGGUGCCCGCCGGAUAACGUUUACAGUCAAAAUGCAUUAUUUCAUUCAUCAAAUUAGCUUGAAUCGUAGGUUACAGAUUGGAGGACAUACAUGUGCAUCUUGUAAUGAGAAGUAGUGACGAAAAAAAAAUGAUGGACCGGUUGGAAAAUAUUGUUUUAACAUAGUAUAGGGAUGAAUUUAAAUUGAACAAAUACAAUUAUGAUUUGUCUGCAUUUCUUACAAUAUGCAAUAUUGCACCAGUCAGCAUUUUAAAUGGCAGAUACUGCCAUAUAUGUUUUUAGAACUUGAAAUGUAUUAGAAGAAAUAUUACAUAGUGUCAUAAAACAUCUGUAAUUAUGGAGAAAGAAGAUAGAAGACUCCCUAUCAUUGAUGAGAAGAGGUUUGCCAUCCUGACAAAGGAAUCAAUAAGACUCAUUGCAGAAGCUGGAGGCCAUUCAGACAUACCUGAUGAUGUAGCGUCUCUGUUAGGAGAAGAUGUCAGCUAUAGACUUCGGGAGGCAGCUCAGAAUGGGGCACAGUAUAUGAAACAUGCCAAAAGAAAAAAGAUGACCACAGAUGAUUUUAAUAAAUCUCUUAAAGUCAGCGAUAUUCAGCCUAUUGCUGGAUACCGAUCACCUGAAAAUUUGCCUUUCCGACAGACCAAAGAUGGAGAACUCUUCUUUGUUGAAGAUUCAGAAUCAAAUUUUGCCAAUGUUGCCUUCAGUAAUUAUGUUCCGAAAAAUCCUGGAGAAACCUCCAUUAAAGCUCAUUGGCUUGCUGUUGAAGGAGUCUCUAAAGUGUCAUCUGCUCUCCAUCAAAAUCUCAUCAAACCCAUCAUUAAACGCGAGGAUUUACAGAUGUACUUUGACAAUGUAACAAAUGCCAUCCUAGGUUGUGACCCUGAUGCCAUGAAGAUUGCUCUACAAGAUCUCAGGACAAACUCCCAGAUUGUCCCCCUUCUUCCUCGCUUUGUCAGUUUUGUUGCCAAUGGGGUUAAAACAGUGAGCCAUGAUAUCUGCCAACUGACCAAGCUACUUCAUACCAUAAAAGCACUCAUCAACAACACCUCAUUAUAUCUGGAGCCACAGCCAUAUUUAAACCUAAUGGUACAGGGUACCACUUACUGUCUGCUGGAACCUCUCGCUGCCUCCAUUAAUCCGUCCAACGAUCAUUGGGCUUUACGAGACUAUGCUGCUCGCCUACUGGCUCAGAUCAUUAUGUCCUGGUCUAGUCCCAUCAACCAUCUGCUGUACAAUACUGUGAAGAACCUGAAGGAAGUUUUAUGUGACCAUGCUAAACCUUUCUGUUGUCAUUAUGGUGCUGUCAUGGGGCUUACAGCCCUUGGUUACAAGCCAGUGGAGGAUGUGUUGAUACCUCACCUUCCCGUCUACUGGCCACAUCUCACUUCUGUGUUGGAGGACACAUCUUAUGCCAAUGCCAUCACAAAGGCAGAUGCCCACAAGGUCCAUGGUGCCAUGCUGUUGGCUGUAGAAUUUGUGAUGAAGAAGCAUAUCCGAAAAUUUGAGGAGCAAGUAGAAGAGUAUGAAAAUAAUAAAUUCAAGUUAAGUGUCAAACCAAAGGAGCAGGCAUCUCCAACAAAGAUGGAUACAAGCAAUUCCCAGCAACAGGCCUCACUGGGGCAGUUUUAUAAUGAUAUGUAUGAUUACUUUGGUGAUAGUCUAGCUAUCCGACUUCCAGAUCUGUGUGAAAAAAUUGAUCUCAGAGGAAAAGUGUUUGUGGCUAAGAAAAAGGAAAAAACAAUAUCUUUAACUGAUCCAGAGGCUGCAAAAAGUGGGGAUGAACUCCUCGCAGAGUUCAUGGAGCAGGUCAGAAUUCAGGAAAUUCUAGAUAAGGAAAGACGUGAGAGAGAGAGAAUUGAAAAUGCUAGACUUGAAGUAUUAAGAAGAGAAAGAGAAGAGAGGGAACGUAUACUUAGAGAAAAACAAGAAAAGAUUGACAGAGUGAAACAAGCAGAGCAGGACAAACAAGCUCAUGAACUUGAGUUGUUAAGACAGCAUCACAUGCGACGAUCAGCAGAGUUGUUAGAAAUUGAAAAGCAGAGACAUAAAGAUAUGCUAAAUCAAACCAAAAAGGACCUACGUGUGUUGAAAAAGCCAAGUUAUAAGGAGGUAGAUACCGAUGAUGAAGAAGAUGAAUUUGGUGAUGAUAGAAGAAGGUCUGUUCCUAUCAAAAUACCUCAGCAACCCCAAGUGAAUCGUGAUGUGGAGGCAGCAGAAGAUGGUAGUUUUCCAGGGUCGAGUCAAUCUCACCUAGCUGUGAGCACCGUCAGUGACACUAGUGAAGGCAUCAAACUCAAGUUUGUUAGACGGCCACCAUUAAAAAUACAAAUUAAACCUCUAGCUGUACCAUCACCUCCAUCACGUGAUCAAAAAGACUCGAAACACAGUGGUAAAAAACGAAAACAGAGUCAGAGAACUAGCACAUCAACAUCUUCUAAUUUUGAUGCUUAUGAAUUUAUAGAAUCAGAUCCAGAAGAUUUUAAACAACAGUUAUCAUUUAAGCCUCAUUAUUAUUCAUCAGAGGGUGAAAAUUCAGAUGGUGCAGGGCAUAAAAAGCCACUAACAUUGAAACUGAAGGUGAAGGAUCCACGUGAUUUUACAUCAGAAUAACAGGUGUAAAUAUAGUGUCACCAACAGAAAUAAAGCCUGAUAUAAAUUAGAAAUGAUUAGUG